AUGGUUUGGGUCGACAACGCAACGCCUGAAGUCGAUGCGAUUUCAGAGUGGAGGACCAUCGUGGCAAUUUGCACCGUUCUUUCGGCGUUUUCCUUGACGAUUGUGUCGGCGCGGCUCUGGAUUCGGCAUAAGAACCAUGGGUUGGCGGCCGACGACUGGAUGUCGAUUCUGUCCAUGGUGUUUGCCCUGAUAUACUCGAUUCUCUGCAUAGUCCAAACCAAAUAUGGCCUCGGAUUGCCGCUGGCAUUGCGCCCAAAGGCGAAUCUCAUCCCGUACACACGGAGCAACUACGCCGGCCGGCCGAUUUACCAGAUGGGCAUCAGCUUCUUCAAGGUCGCGCUCUUGAUCAGCUACCUCAGACUCUUCAAGGGAACCAGCCAUGUCGUCUACCGCCGGGUCGUUUGGAUCGCGAUGGCUGCGAUUGUGGCCGGGCACUUGGGGUGCUCGCUGACCCUCAUCCUGGCGUGCAGUCCGGUGCACAAAUCAUGGGAGCCGUCGGUACCCGGCACGUGUCUUGCUCCGGGCCCGUCGUUCACAGCAUAUGCCAUCGUGACCAUUGUGUCCGACGUGGUCGUUGCGGUCAUCCCGAUCCCUGUCCUUCUCCAGCUCAAGGUCAACACGGGCAAGAAAGUCGGUCUUAUUGUCAUUUUCCUUCUCGGUCUCUUCACGACUCUCUGCUCCGUUUUUCGGUAUCUCCAGAUCGACAGAAUCCAGUACGGCGAUGGCAACUCGACCAUGCUUAUUUUAUGGGGUGUGAUUGAGUUCAAUGUCGGGAAUGUGGUCUCAUCCCUGCCCUUCCUCGCGCCGAUCUUUCUACGAAAAGCUAAAGAGUACACUACCAAAUACUCGGGCAGCGGGAACAAUUACGGGAGCGGGGCGCGCAGGAUCGGCAAGUCGAGCGAUGCAUACAAGCUGAGCAGCCUUUCCAGCCAGCGCAAGGGCACCUUUGCCACCACCAUCCAGGGACAGAGCACCGGCAGCGAGGAAAACAUUCUCAAGGCGAGUCCCGAACACUCCAUCAUGAAGUCGGUCACGUACAGUGUCCGGGUUGACCGAGACGAAUGA